UGCCAUCCACAGCCUGUUGGCAGGCUAGCCGAGUACCGAGGCGGUUAGGCAGCUAAGCAAUCAGUCGUAAAUGAACGUUUCAAUCAGUCAGCAGUAACAAACGAAUUGGCGCCCGUGUCUCGUCUUUCUAUUUUAACAUUUAACGAACAUUCGAUUUACUCCGUGUGCAGAGUAUUGAAGUGAACACAAUCAAAAUUCAAAACUGGCGGCACAAAACGGCCCUUCACUAAUGGCACCAAAGAAGUCUACAAUCGUCCUGAACGUUGAACAAUUUAUACGCGACGUCCAGGAACGGCCAGCCAUUUGGAAUCGCAAUUUUCACUGCAACAAAGCAUUUCUAGAACAAAUGUGGGAUGAGCUGUCCGCCACACACAAAUUGCCAAGUGAAGUUUAUGUGUUGGACGAUGGUGGCGAGGUCGACUUGGAUUUGGGCAAUUACGAGCGCUUUUUGGACAUAACUUUGCACCGCGACAAUAAUAUCACAACUGGCAAGAUCUACCAAAAAGUAAUUGAAAAAGAACGUACCGGUGAAUAUUUGGGGAAAACAGUGCAAGUUGUUCCUCACAUUACGGAUUCCAUUCAGGAAUGGGUGGAUCGUGUUGCGCAACGUCCAGUUCAAGGAAGUUCAAAGCCGCAAGUGUGCAUUGUCGAAUUGGGUGGCACAAUUGGUGACAUUGAGGGUAUGCCCUUCGUUGAGGCUUUUCGUCAAUUUCAAUUUCGUGCGAAACGUGAAAACUUUUGCGUUGCUCAUGUCUCACUCGUGCCAUCGCCACGUUCCACAGGUGAACCGAAAACAAAACCCACACAAAGCUCUGUACGCGAAUUACGUGGCUUCGGCUUGAGCCCAGAUUUGAUUGUUUGUCGUUCGGAGAAACCGAUUGGCCUUGAAGUGAAGGAGAAAAUUAGUAAUUUCUGUCAUGUUGCUCCAGAUCAAGUGAUUUGCAUACAUGAUCUUAGCUCAAUUUAUCAUGUGCCGCUAUUGAUGGAGCAGAACGGUGUGAUAGAGUUUCUCAACGAACGUCUACAGUUGAAUAUCGAGACAACUAAACGUGAAAAAUGCUUACAGCAAUGGAAGGACUUGGCACGCCGUUCCGAGACUCUUCGCGAGGAAGUGAACAUUGCCAUCGUGGGCAAAUACACUCGUUUGGAGGACUCCUAUGCUUCUGUGGUGAAGGCACUUCAACACGCAUCACUUGCUGUCGGCUUCAAAUUAAACUUGAAAUUCAUCGAAGCCUGCCACCUAGAGACGGGUACGCGUGAAAAAGACCCUACCAAAUAUCAUGAAGCUUGGAUGCAACUAUGCGAUAGUGAUGGUGUUGUUGUGCCCGGCGGAUUUGGUUCUCGUGGCAUGGAAGGCAAAAUUAUUGCAUGCAAUUGGUGCCGCGAAAAAAAGAAGCCAAUGCUGGGUAUUUGUCUUGGCCUACAAGCGGCCGUCAUUGAGUUUGCGCGCAACGUGCUCGGUCUAAAGGAUGCCAACACUACAGAAAUCGAUCCGAAAACCGGCAAUCCGCUAGUAAUCGAUAUGCCAGAGCAUCACACUGGCCAGAUGGGUGGAACGAUGCGUUUAGGUAAACGUACAACCACCUUCUCCGAUGAGAAUAGCGUUAUUAAAAAGCUAUAUGGAAAUCCGAAAACGAUUGAUGAACGUCAUCGCCAUCGGUAUGAAGUAAAUCCCAAGUAUGUGCCUACUUUGGAGGAGCAUGGAAUGCGUUUUGUGGGCUAUGAUGAAGAGAAAAGGCGCAUGGAAAUAGUCGAACUGUGUGAUCAUCCAUAUUUCGUUGCCACACAGUAUCAUCCGGAAUACUUGUCACGACCACUUAAACCAUCACCACCAUUCCUUGGCUUAAUAUUAGCAUCGAAGAAGCGCUUAACCAGCUAUUUGGCACGCGGUUGUCGUCUGUCGCCACGCCAACUUUCCGAGCCGUCAUCGGAUGAAGAAAUAUCGGCCGAGGAAUGCGAAAAACUUGUAAAUGCUGUUAAGCCAUUGCAGUUGGAUGUGCAUUGCUGGAAACGUCUUCAAAAUGGUCACGCCAAGGAUGUGGAAAUUAGUGCAAAUGGAGAUAUCGCCCCAGCAAAAGGGGGCGAAACCAGGCUGACUGGUGAAAACUCGAAAGGUGAUACAAAAAUAAAUUCCACAAAGGGCGCAGCUGGUGGAAAUGCAAGCAAUCAUAGUGCACAUUAAAUAUAAAGAACUUCGAAUUAGAUAGUAGAAAUUUUCAAAUGGGUCAAAUUAGGUUUUUACAAUUCUGUGUAUUCAAUUUCUUACUUUAGUUACACAUUUUUCAAUAUUUCAACAUAUCUGAAUUUAAUUUAGUAGCAUUCAAUUAAAUAUUUAGUACUCCGCAAAACUUUUGCGUACGUUUCUUUAUUUUGCGUUACUGGUGUGAGUGUGCGGUGGUGGUGGGGAAAUGCAUUGAAUUAUGUCUCUCUACCUACGCACUCGCUCGCUCCAUUAUUUUUGGGGGUGAUCACCCAUUUAACGCCUCUAGUGCAAUAUUAAGCCACCGCCACACAAAAAGCUCACAUUAGUAAGCAAAAUAAAUUACUUGAACAUAUUUUUUAGUUAUUAAGUAUACCUGGAACGCUAAAUGUUAUGUAUUGGAAAAUGUUGUUCAUACCUCUAAGAUGGGCAGAGACCUUACUGCCUAACGUGAUGCAUGCAAAGCAGACUAUUUUUUGUUAGUCUGUACGAUUAUAGCUUAGUUGAAGAAUAUCGUUAUACGAUGCUCAGCGUAGCGCUUAAAAUUAUUUAUGCUCUCUGCAAAGAGAGUCAUGGCUUCAUGCCGCACAAAUCGAGUAUUGGCGUCUCCAGUAUCCAAUCGCCAUAAGUACACAUUUAUUUUUGUUUAUAUAGUAAUUAAUAUUCAUUGAAGUAAACUGUUCGAUAUUCGAAAGUGAUUUUUAUGUGCAGAAAUUUAAAUUCGUGUGUUUUAAAACAAAAUAAAUUAAAAUGCAUAGCUUUCAAAUUAGUAUCUGUUGCAAAUCUUGUUAGGCUGUAAGGUCUUAAUUAUUCGUAUAUUUCAUAUUUAUUUACAAAAAUGUUUUAUUUUAAAUCUAAUUAAGUCAUAUCUGCAUUCACAAUUGUAAAGUUGCAAAUUGAACAAAGCCAGCAGUUUUUGUGCGUUUUGUUAGACUAAGGAAGUAAGUGCGUAGAAAGUAUAGUCUGUAUACUAGUUUAUAUACAUGUAAAGUUAUUUUUAUUUACAUAUGAAAAUGAAAUGCUUCCUUGUGAGCCCGAUGAGGCAAAAACGUUUAAUUGUAAUUAAUUGAAACUGAAUGAUUGGCUUAUUUAUAAGAAACUCGAAAUCUAACUACAAAUUUUAUCGUAUCGAAAUUGUUAUUAUGCUGUGUAGUACGAGUAUGACUUAGGAAAAGACGCAAAAUAAAUUAGUUUUUAAUUUGGUUGCAUUAUUCGUGAAUGCGUGGCUUGGGAUUGGCGUCCAAUUUAAAGACUAAUUUUAUCUGUACGUGAAUAUUCAAGAAAUUUUAUAUUACAAAUAUAUUUUAGUAUUGUGCAUAUCUACAAAGAAUUCAGAAUAAAAUGAAGGUGAGCGAAGGAAA